AUUUGCCGUUACGCCGCCGGUAAACUGAAAGAAGAAGAUCACAUCUCUGUUGUGUUUAGGUUAGUAAACCUGGACCUGUGCGGGGAGAUCAUGGGUUUUUAAAAGAAUUCUGUGGUUCAUCUGGACCAGAGCAAGGUUCUUCUAUUUCAUAUGGGGCCACCGGAGACUUCAGUGACGUUCCAGCGGAACCAGUCCGCCGGGAGAUAGCUGAGCUCCCCGGCUAGCCGGCGAGCUAGCUGCUCAGCUGGCUCACACAGGAUGGCGCUUCCCUUUAAGAUCCCCAAGAAGAAACAGUCUGAGGACUCCGCCCACAUUCACCUGCAGUCACCUCUGUCCCGUCUCCAUGGCUCCGCCUCCCAGCCCUCAGGAUGCCCUGUCCUGUUGUCUCUGCUCCAGCACACUUGAUUCUAAUGGUUCCAUGACCUCCUCACCUGCCUUUACCUUCUGCUGAAGCCUGGCGAUCACACCUUCUUUGGGACAUUCCUAAAACCUGCAGGGCAGCAUUGAGAGCCACUGGUUUAGACCUUUCUCUGUGGUCCAGGUUUUAGUUUUUAAGGCUUUGGAAAGUCCAUCCAGACAGGCUGGAUCUGACAGGAUGCAUGCUGGGAAUGCAUUUGGCUCCUUUACACCUGGACUAAGAGCACCAUGCAGGCAGCCAUUCAGGAGCUACGUCCAAACUCUGCUGGGUCUGGACAGCUCUAACACAGGUGGAGCUUCAUCGGCCAAUCACAGGUCACCAGGAAGCUGGAGCAGCCAAUCGCAGCAGGGACAGAGAGGAGAGGGCUGGUCUAACGGCAGAGGGCGCCCUAGGAGAGCAUCUGACCGUUUGCUGCAGCCCCAGCAGACCUCGGAUCUUCAGUCUCCACCACAGAAGAAGAAAAGUGCCGACUGUUCUGCAGGUCCAUCCUCGCUGAACAAAACCAUCUCUGUGGAGUCUGUGGACUGUCUGGCAGAGCUGAGAGCAGAGGAGCAUGCUGGGAGGUUGAGUUCUUCAGCGCUGCAGAGGAAAGCAGACACCGCCACCAACGGGAUGAAGAAGAACUCGUCCAGCUCAGGACUGGAGAAGAUAUCAGAGUCCAACAGACCUUCUUCCUCCUCCACGAAGAAGACCACUUUGUCUCCAAAAAAAACACCCAGCAGGAGGCAGCGUCUGGACCUGAAAGAGGAUGUGAUGGAGACUCAGAGAGACAGAUGGAGACAGUUCAGAAUGAAGAAGACCCGACCUGCUGUUCAGCAUCGGAGACUGAAGAAACCCAGACUGGCUCCCAGUGAACCCAUCGUGCUGUCCAGUGAAGAGGAGCAGGAUGAGGAGGAUGGAGAUGAAGGACAGAAGACAUCUCAGAGCAGCCGCCGACCGGAUGAAGCGGGGCAUUCUGGGAAGUCGCAGGUUUCCCAACAGCUGGGUUCUCCUCCGCCCUCCUUCCUGCAGCUGGAGUUCUGCUCGCUCCACUGCGGUCUGAUGGAGGCUGGCGCCAACGGCUCCAUGACGAUCACUGAAAACGGCAUCAUGCUCCCAGUGAGAGGGACGGAGGACACCGAGGUGACGGUGGUGGCCUCUCAGCUCCGAGGUUACGGCGUCUGGGAUGGAGGCGUGGCUCAGGGCGGGACUCUGCUGGCAGGAUGGGAAGGCCCCGCCCCCUCGCUGCUGUUCCUGUGGGUGUCGGAGGCUCAGGCCAACCUCCUGCAGAGGGAGCUGUCGCCCAUCCAGAAGGCGAGCGGUGCUGCCAACGCUCCUUCAUGCUCGUUCCUCCUGCUGGUGCUGAAGGAGCAGCUGCAGGAGCUGCAGGCCGCUCUGCUCGCCUCCAUUCUGGACAUGGGGGAGUACAAGCAGCGGCGCUCCUCCUCCUCCCCCAUCGACUGGUCCUACGGCCUGCUGCUGGCCCACAGCUGUGCUCCUCCCAUGGACCAGCACCUCCUCCGCCUGCUGGGACCCUCAGCUAAGCCUGCUAGGUCGAGCGGCGCUCAGAGGAACUCUGCUGGUCUGCAGCUGCUGCCCACCAGGCUGCUCCAGUACCCUCUGGUCCCGUGUAAAGGUCGGAUCACGGUGACGGAGGAGGACCUAGCCUGUCUGGACACUGGAGAGUUCCUGAAUGACGUCAUUAUUGACUUCUACCUCAAGUACCUCCUCCUGGAGGGCGUCAGCGGUGCGGUAGCCCAGAGAAGUCACGUCUUCAGCAGCUUCUUCUACAAACAGCUGAGCAGACGGCGAGCGGCCGGAGAGAGCGACACCCCCUCAGUCCCCGACCGUCACACGAGACAUCAGAGGGUGAAGACGUGGACGCGUCACGUGGACAUUUUCACCAAAGACUUCCUGUUUGUGCCUGUUAAUCAAGAAGCUCACUGGUUCCUGGUGGUGGUCUGUUUCCCUGGUCUGGAGGACGUUCGGAUCGAGGAGUCCCCAGGUGGAGCGGGUGGAUCAGAAAGAGCUGCAGGAAAACUGGACCUGGGGUCCCAGCAACCACCGCAGUGCACCCUGCAGGGCUGUCAGAGGAGCACCGUGACAAAGAGGCCGUGUAUCCUGGUCAUGGACUCUCUGAAGCUGUCGUAUCACGACAACGUCUGCAGACUCAUCAGAGACUACCUGCAGGUGGAGUGGGAGGUACGGAGGAAGACUCAUCGACUCUUCACCCCCGACAGCAUGAGGAGCUGCAGCUGCAGAGUUCCUCAGCAGGACAACAGCAGUGACUGUGGCCUGUACCUGCUGCAGUACGCUGAGAACUUCUUGCAGAACCCUGUGGUGCACUUCGACCUCCCGCUGCGAUUGGAGAGCUGGUUUCCACGGCAACGGGUGCGGCAGAAGCGCGAAGAGAUCCGGAGUCUGAUAAUGAGGCUGCACCAGACCCAGCUGAACGAAGACAACCGGAACGCAGGGUUGUGACAUGAAGUUUAACUUGAAUGUAAAUAAGUUUGGACCCUCGAUGUGAAUGAAGACGUUUUCUUCCUGUUUUAUAAAAUAAAACUAUUUAUUUUA